AUGGAAAUAAAUUUUAUCUUUAAUCUUCUUGGGCAUAGUAAUAUGGGAACUGAACAUCUUAAUGAUAUUCUUUCGAAAUUAAAAAUAAGCUCUAAAAGAAAAACUGUUGAAAAGAAUCAAAAUAUAAAAUACUACGCAAAUCAUAUUGGACCUGGUAUGCCUAUAGUUGUGUUAAUUAAAGCUAGUGAGAAUUAUAACUACACAAUUAAUAUUAAUGGGGGCGAUGAUAUAUACUAUACGUCUAUAUUUCCUUCUUGGGCAAUAAAUCGUGUUGAGGUAUGUGUGUUUUUUGAAAGUUUUAUCAAACUAAAUAUUUUUUGGCAUCCUUAUAAAGCAACAUAG